GUGUUUUGUGCUGCUCUACAGACAGAGCAUGUUCCUCCGUAUGACGUGGUGCCGUCUAUGAGACCGGUGGUGCUGGUGGGACCGUCGCUCAAGGGCUACGAGGUAACAGAUAUGAUGCAGAAAGCUCUGUUUGACUUUCUGAAGCACCGCUUUGAGGGGAGUAUUGUCUACAUCAAGAUCACCUCUCCAAAGGUUUUGCAACGGUUAAUAAAGUCUAGAGGAAAGUCUCAGGCAAAGCAUCUCAAUGUGCAGAUGGUGGCAGCAGACAAACUGGCCCAGUGCCCUUCAGAGCUUUUCGACAUCAUUCUUGAUGAGAAUCAGCUGGAAGAUGCCUGUGAGCACAUGGCUGAUUAUCUGGAGGCCUACUGGAAAUCCACUCAUCCUCACAGCGUCCCACAGACAAACCCUCUGCUGGAGAAACUCACCACAGUCGCUGCAGCCGCAGUCGCCUGCAAGGACUCACUGACUAAUCCACAACCAAAGGGCAGAGUGGGUGAGCAGACAGCAGAGAGACCAGCGGACGACAGGACGGGCUUUUAUGAAGACUACCAUCAUCAUCAUCAUCACUACCAAACUCAGAAGCAAGGACGCUUGGAAGACGACAACACUGAGGAGCAAGACGCUAAAGCUAACAACGACCAAAGUGAAUGGAGAAGCGGUCACAAACACCACAGCCAUCAUCAUCAUCAUCACCACCGCCAUCACAGUCGCACCACGAGGACGCUUUACAAACAAGAGACGUCAGAGUCCACAUAUCCAGAACCUCUCACUGGACAAACGCAGGAAGAGGAACCGCCAAACCAUCAUCACCAUCAUCACCACCGGGGCGACAAAGAGAAGGAAUACGACCACAAGGAGAGGAACGGCCAGCAAAGAGGAAAGCAGAGGUCACAACGAGAACCUCAUCAUGAGCGGGACAGGAAACGAGGAGAGGCGGAAUGGGCGAGAGAGCAUUACAUAGAGCAGUGACACACGUGCCACAUACACACUGACCUCAAUCUUAUGUGUUUUUACAGGUCAAUGUAAUGUAUAUGAGACGUAUAUCCAUACACGACUUUUCCAAGUGUGGACACAUUAAAUAAAGACAAUUAUAUAUAAUUUAAUAUGACAUGAAUGAUGAAAUUCUCUUUAAAGAUUGUAGAAUUUUGUGUAUUUAUUUUUAGUUUUUUCUUUUACUUGAUUUGCAUUCCUGGUCUUAUUGAACAAACCAUAGAUGCAUGUUAACCCAAAGGAGAAAAAAAAAAAAAAGAGUUUGUAUUUUUUUAAAACUUGCUCUGCUUUGAAACAAUCUUGGUUUUCAGCUGAUGUGAGUCACAGUUUCAGAAAUUAAUGCAAGUUUGGGGCAAAAAAGCCACCGAAAGUGACAAAAAUGUCAAAAUCUGCUGUUUAUUUUUUUUAUCGUACAUAUUUCGUAAAUUCUUUAGGUCUAGUUAAUUACUCAAAUUAUUAUUAUUAUUUUUGUUAUUAUUAUUAUUAUUAUUUAUGGAAGCUUGUU